AUGAGAAAAAUGAAAUUAACAAAUGAAUUAAUGAAUAUAUAUUGAUAAUUAUUAUAAUUAAGCUAAUUAGUACAACAAAAAGAGCAUUGUAAAGCCGAGCUUUAUAUUAAUAAACGGCGUGGCCGGCGCCUAUAAACUAAAAAAGUAGGCCAAUUGAAUGUUAAUGUGGGUGUGUGGUCUCGACCUUCAACUACUCAUAUACCCCUUAUACUGUCCUAAUUUGCACGCAAAAUAUAUACAUAUAUAGUCCUUCUCUCCUAAAUAUAUUGUUAUUAAAAUAUAUAAAUAUGUAAAUAAAUGACAAAAAUCUCAUUUUGACAUCUCAUAUUCAAAAUCAUUUAGUCUCAACCACAUAAUAUUUUCAUGGUAACAACAAAAAUAAUAGUACUACUUCACCAACACGACGAGUACUACUUGACCAUCUUUCUCUCUCUUUCUCCUCUCUUUUUAAAACCCCCCAUUUCUCCACUCUAUUCUUCAUUACUCGCCCACAAAAUAUUUUUACGAAAAAAGAAAAGAACAUUAUUUCUCUAUGGGGGCUUAUCAUGAUAAUGAUCAUCAUCAUCAUCGAUUAAGGUUCGAACCAAUCACAAAAUGUAGCCCUGAUAAUCGUUCAAACCAAACAGUUGCGGCUGAUCUAGACGGGACGCUCCUCGUCUCGUCUAACGCCUUUCCCUAUUACAUGCUCAUCGCCAUUGAAGCGGGGAGCCUCAUUCGAGGCUUGGUUCUCUUGAUGGCGGUGCCCUUUGUGUACUUCACGUACAUAUUCUUGUCUGAGGCCGCAGCCAUCAAGACUUUGAUCUUCAUAGCCUUUUCAGGUUUGAAGAUCAAAGACAUCGAGCAUGUCUCGAGGUCUGUUCUUCCCAAAUUCUACUCCGAGGAUGUUCACCCGGAGACUUGGAGGGUUUUCAGUUCUUUCGGGAAACGUUAUGUCGUCACGGCCAGUCCAAGAAUCAUGGUGGAACAUUUUGUCAAGACUUUCUUGGGUGUUGAUAAGGUUCUCGGGACCGAAUUGGAGGUUACGAAAUCCGGUAGGGUUACCGGAUUUGUCAAAACUCCAGGUGUUCUUGUUGGUGAACACAAGAGAGAAGUUCUUGUUAAAGAGUUUGGCUCUUCUUUACCGGAUUUGGGUAUUGGUGAUAGAGAAACCGAUUAUGAUUUCAUGUCAAUUUGCAAGGAAGGGUACAUGGUUCCAAAAACCAAGUGUGAACCUCUACCAAGGAAUAAGCUUCUUAGCCCAAUAAUAUUCCACGAAGGUCGUUUUGUGCAAAGACCAACUCCACUAGUGGCACUACUCACAUUCUUAUGGCUCCCAAUUGGUAUAAUUCUCUCAAUUCUAAGAGUAUACCUAAACAUUCCUCUCCCAGAAAGACUAGCUUGGUACAAUUACAAGUUAUUGGGAAUUAAAGUAAUCGUGAAGGGAACACCACCACCCGCCCCGAAAAAGGGCAAAAGCGGGGUUUUAUUCGUGUGUAAUCACCGCACAGUACUUGAUCCUGUUGUCACCGCUGUUGCCCUAGGCCGAAAAAUAAGUUGUGUCACAUAUAGCAUUAGCAAAUUCACCGAAAUGAUCUCACCAAUCAAGGCGGUGGCACUUUCGAGGGAGAGAGAGAAAGAUGCGGCUAACAUAAAACGAUUGCUAGAAGAAGGUGAUCUCGUGAUUUGUCCCGAGGGCACGACUUGUCGUGAACCCUUUUUGCUUAGGUUUAGUGCAUUGUUUGCCGAGUUGACUGACCGAAUAGUGCCGGUCGCGAUUAACACUAAGCAAAGUGUGUUUUAUGGCACGACUGUUAGGGGUCACAAACUUUUGGACCCUUAUUUUGUGUUCAUGAAUCCUAUGCCAACUUAUGAGAUCACAUUCUUGAAUCAACUUCCCAAGGAGUUGACUUGUAAUGGUGGAAAGUCAGCAUUUGAAGUGGCCAAUUACAUUCAAAAGGUUUUGGCAGGAACAUUGGGUUUUGAGUGCACCAACUUAACAAGGAAAGAUAAGUACGCUAUGAUUGCUGGGACAGAUGGCCGAGUUGUGAACAAGAAAGAUGAAAAGGAGACCAAGACUAUCAUCACCUAAUAUUUUUUUUCUAAUUAUUAUUAGUAUUGAAAAAAAAAAAGUACUCAAUUAAUUAAAUUUCACAAGACACCAUUAUUAUAUAUAUAAUUUCAUAAAAAUCGACCACCUUGUCUAUUGUUUCUUCAUAUUAUAUAUAUAUGGUAAAAAAAUUGAAAAGGGUUUUUCGUAAAA